UUCGCAUCACACGCAUCACACUUUGACGAUUGCAAGACCUUGUUUAACCUUUAAAAAUAAAACUAACAAACUUAAAACAUUGUCAUUUUGUUUUAAGCAUAUUAAUAAUCAAAUAUGACGGAUCAACAACAACAACCGGUGUCGUUAAAUUAUCAACAAUCAUCUGAAAAAUUGAAUCAAAGAACGUAUGUUGGUGGACCACAUGUUCAUAAAAAACGUGGCACUUUUCAUACACCACCAUUAUUACCACCACCAUAUUAUUUUCGACCUGGAACAUUGACUGCAAUUCAUAUGAGCCAUCAUAUGAACCAUUCAUAUGAAUCAUCAUCAUCAACUGCUUUGGAGAUCUCUGAAGAAACAGUUCCUACUGUUAAUGAAGCAAAAAAUACAUUGAAAUUUUUAAUUGCUUUUUCAAUAGUAUUAUCAAUUUUUUUAUGCCUUAUUACUUAUAAAUCAUUACACAUGCCAUAA